CCGAUCCAGGACCUGAGGGCCGUGACGGAGGAGAUGGCGCGCUCGCCCUGGUCGGAAAUGUCGCAGGAGAUUCUCGCCAACACGGCCACGCAAGACGACUGGCGGUACAUGAACGUGAGUGACCACCUACAUGAUAGCACCUCCUUCGCGAUCGAGAACCCCCACAUGACCUUGCAACUGCAGACCCUCAACAUUGCAACACAGUCCCACGUGACCCGACCCGCCGACCCGCAUUAUUAUGAACCUCAAACCGCUUUUGAGAUUGCGGCCAAGAUGAAGAGCCAGGAAGAAAUUAAGGAGGAACUGGAGCCUUUAGGAGUGCUGUUCAACAGGCCCGUCACCUGCAAGGAAGUCAAUAUGGCCGCGUUCGAAAAGGCGUUCAGCUCACCAGUGGACGUCGUUCGGGAUCGAUUCACCGAACGCGGGAGGAAUAUUACUUUCUUCGAAGACGUAGUCGAUGACUUCGCGACGUCUUGGCUCGCUUCUUCGCACAGCCUGGUUUAUACUGAUGCAGGCCUGGAAGUGACAGCAAGGCGCUUCCACACGGGCAGCAGCAACCCCGACUUGCGUGGCAUGACGUGGUGCAAGCUGGUUCCCCCUGAAAGGUUCCUUGAAUACAUCAUGGUCGACGGUCUGAAGGGAACCAAACCUUAAGAGAAACAAGGUCUUUAUAAGGUCACCUUGAAGAGAAAGAGGCCGGAUAACGCCACGAGUUAUGUAUUUUAUCUUAUCUUCCAGUCUUUUAGAAUCCGUUGUUGGACAAAGGCCUUCCCUAGUCUGCGACACCUCGUUGAGUGAUUUAUCUACACUGAAGUAAAUGAAAUCAAACUGAAAAAAAUAAAGAAGAGGAUGAUACGAGAGGCAAGGGUUGUAGAUUAAGGAGAGUAAUGAUAAAAGAUGAAUGAAUAAAAUGCGUCAUUGCAUCUGUACAAUACUUUGCUUUGUUUUGUUUAUUUCAAUACUUAUGCCUUCUAGUGUGUGCGUUCGUGUUCUGUAAUUAAGGAAGCAGAAAUUUAAGUCUUUGGUAGGUAUAAAAAGUUUGUUCCACUUUGGUUUCAGAAAAAAUGAUAUUGUUCAGUGCAAUAAAAUCAUCAGUGUUUAUUUAA